UCGCAAUGAACUACACGUGUUAUAUCUUAACACGCACCCUCUCUCUAGGGUUUUGUCCUCUGAAGCCAACCCUUUAUAAUCCUUGUAUCUUCGUUCUCGUUUUUCACUCUCUCACCGGUCAAAGCACGAAUUGAAUAGAGAAGGAAAAACUGAAAGAAUCAUAGGAUGUCUUUGGUGGCGAACGAGGACUUUCAACACAUUCUUCGUGUGUUAAACACGAACGUAGAUGGCAAACAAAAGAUAAUGUUCGCCCUCACUUCCAUCAAAGGUUUUGGUCGCCGUUUCGCCAACAUUGUCUGCAAGAAAGCUGAUGUCGACAUGAACAAGAGAGCUGGUGAGCUAUCUGCUGCGGAGCUUGACAACCUGAUGACGAUUGUGGCAAACCCUCGCCAGUUUAAGAUCCCAGACUGGUUUCUGAACAGGCAAAAGGAUUACAAGGAUGGUAGGUACUCUCAGGUUGUCUCCAAUGCGUUGGACAUGAAGCUUAGGGAUGAUCUUGAGCGAUUGAAGAAGAUCAGAAACCACCGUGGUCUUCGACACUAUUGGGGUCUUCGAGUUCGUGGACAGCACACCAAGACAACUGGACGCAGGGGAAAGACAGUUGGUGUCUCAAAAAAGCGUUGAGUUUGGUGUGUCCUCUUUCAUGGUAUACUGUGUUCUGGACCUCUAGUAGCAAGUUUUGUUUAUCGAUUAUGUUUACUUAUUAUUUUUCCUAGAGCUCAUUCAGGCCUAGAAAUUCUCCUAGAAUGAAUUGUUUUGAUGGAUCUAUUUAGAUUAAGUAGUUUUUAUUUUAUA